UGUUAGUGCUGUUCAGCUGUAGGCUGAGAAGAGAGACACCAAGAUGAGCUCCCUUUUUGCAACUGUGACUGUGCUGUGCAUAACCACGUUGGCUAUUGUAAGCCCAGUGGAAAUGAACCCCCGUCUCGCAGAACCCAGACAACAGGGGAGUGCUGUUCUUUUUUUCGCCACCUGCCAAGGAGAGCUGAGAGAGAUCCUUUUCAACCCAGUGAUCUUCAACCAGGUGUUGGUGAACCAGGGCUCUGGCUAUAACAAUCAAACGGGUAUUUUCACUGCGCCACUCGCUGGCAUCUACCAGUUUGUGUUCGCCGCCCAGCUGUGCCGCGGAGAACUCAACAACCACUGGUCCUUCGUUGUCAACUACAAAGAGCUAAUGGCCUGCCAUGCUCAGGUUUCUGGUGGUGCCACAGUCAUCAACACUUGUUACUUCAUGGCAGAACUUCAGGAAAAUGACAAAGUGUGGAUAAAACAAAGAGCAGGAUCAUGUGCCUGGGCUAGCUCUCGCUCCAAAACUAUCAACUUCUCUGGCAUCCUGCUGGCGAGUGAGGGUGCUUCCAUGUUGGGAGAAAAGUAUGGCUCUGGCUACUCCUGUCCGAUUCCCAGUUUUAACCAUAACAUGAACACGCUGACUGACAACGCAGACCAGAGUUUUGCACUGUCUAGUAUGUCUCUGCUGGUUUCUCUUGCAUUAACCUUGUGUAUGUGAUUGUGUUUCAUUCUGUUCCUGUUAUCGAUGACCUGGCCACACUUCCACAAAGACUCACUCCCAUUUUUAUUUCAUUUAUACUACGCUCUGUUUUACCUCCACCAGGUACAAAGACAUGUUUGAUUACACACUGUACUUUUUCCUCUAAUCUCAUGGUCCGAAAGCUUUACAGAGCGGUUAGCAUGGCAACUAGACAUCAUGAUGUCAUAUCCUGUUCUAUAGCAUCAACUAACUGACACAUCAUCAUAUUAUUAACUAAUCAAAAUGACUGAAACCAUCCUUGGAAAAAAUAAAAAUAAAAUUUUUGACAUGCA